GCAAGCAGUAACUCUUAACCUAAUAGGAUUUGAGCGGGAAAAGGAUUUAACUGAAUGGACGUUGUUGUUGUGUUUUGGUGUUACAUGUUAGAGUAUUCUUAUAAAGUAAGUGCGAACGAAGAUGAUGGAUCCACAGGAUGUAGAUCAAAGAUCUAGGGAGUUGCAGAGCGAGUACCUGGACUUCCUCGACGACGAGGAGGAUCAAGGGAAAUACUCUCAACUGGUCAAGAAUAUGAUUGCUGACAACAAGAGGAGACUGAUCGUGAACAUAAAUGAUUUGAGAAAGAAGAACCCAAAGAGAGCUCACAGUUUGCUCAAUAACGUCUUCGAAGAGCAAAUGGCCUUUCAGAAAGCUUUGAAGGAAUAUGUGGCAACGGUUGCCCACGAUUUUGGUAAGCUGCACGAUGAUCUGUUCAUUGCGUUCGAAGGGAGCUUCGGAAAUAAACACGUCACACCGAGAAGUCUCCAGGCGAGGUUCUUGGGUAACUUGAUUUGCGUUGAGGGAAUCGUGACGAAAUGUUCGUUGGUGCAUCCGAAAGUCGUGCGGAGCGUGCACUAUUGCCCAGCCACGAAGAAAGUGAUGGAGAGGAAGUACACUGAUUUAACGUCUUUGGAAGCGUUUCCCGCGAAUUCCGUCUAUCCCACCAAGGAUGAUGAUGGAAACUUAUUGGAGACUGAGUUUGGGCUUUCCAGUUACAAGGAUCAUCAGACUGUGACAAUACAAGAAAUGCCUGAGAAAGCACCCGCAGGUCAAUUGCCGAGGUCUGUUGAUGUAAUCUGUGAUAAUGAUUUGGUAGACAAAUGCAAGCCUGGAGACAGGGUGCAGGUGGUGGGGAACUUCAGGUGUCUUCCCAAUAAGCAAGGCAGUUUUACAAACGGUACUUUCAAAACUAUUGUGAUUGCUAAUAAUUUGAACCUGCUGAGCAAAGAGGCGAAUCCGUCGAUUUCGCGUGAGGACAUUGCUCGCUGCAAGAAUCUGGCUAAAACCAAUAAGAACGUAUUUAAUUUGCUGUCAAAGUCGUUGGCGCCGUCGAUUCACGGGCACGAUUAUAUAAAGAGGGCCAUACUUUGCUUGCUGCUGGGCGGCGUGGAGAAGAUUCUGCCGAACGGAACGAGGCUGAGAGGAGACAUCAACGUGCUUCUAAUUGGAGAUCCGAGUGUGGCGAAAUCGCAAUUACUUCGGUACGUGCUGUGCACCGCUCCGAGGGCUAUCCCAACGACAGGAAGAGGAUCGUCCGGCGUCGGUCUUACAGCUGCUGUUACCACCGACCAAGAGACCGGGGAGAGAAGAUUGGAAGCAGGAGCCAUGGUGUUGGCAGACAGAGGUGUAGUCUGCAUCGAUGAGUUCGAUAAGAUGUCCGACAUAGAUAGGACGGCGAUCCACGAAGUCAUGGAACAGGGCAAGGUUACCAUCGCCAAGGCGGGUAUCCACGCAAGUUUGAACGCUCGCUGCUCGGUGUUGGCGGCCGCCAAUCCCGUUUACGGGAAAUACGAUCAAUAUAAAACGCCGAUGGAGAACAUCGGUCUGCAGGAUUCGCUCCUCUCCCGUUUCGAUUGCCUCUUCGUGAUGCUCGACUCGGUGGACGAGGAUCAAGAUCUGAAGAUAUCCGACCACGUGGUGAGGAUGCACAGGUACAGGAAUCCACUGGAGCAAGACGGAGACGUCCUGCCGAUGGGCUCGAGCGUGGACAUGCUGAGCACCCAAAACCCGGACGCCUUCACCGGCGAGAAGGAAACGCCGAUGUACGAGAAGUACGAUGCGCUAUUGCACGGAAACAGCCGAAAGAAAACGGACAAGAUUCUGAGCGUCGAUUUCAUGAGGAAGUACAUACACUUCGUGAAGAUCAUCAAGCCAACAUUGACGGAGGAAGCGUCCGAGAUCAUCGCCGAUGAAUAUUCGCUGCUCAGGAGCGAGGACAUGCUGGAGAACGACGUGGCCCGAACGCAACCGGUGACCGCUCGGUCUUUGGAAACAAUGAUCCGUUUGGCAACGGCCCACGCGAAAGCCAGGAUGUCGCGAGAGGUUACCGCGCAGGACGCCAGAGCCGCCAUCGAGCUGGUCCAAUUCGCAUACUUCAAACGCGUCCUCGAGAAGGAGAAACGCAAGAGGCGCAGGAACGGCGAAUCCUCCGACGAGGAGAACGAGCAAGUUCCCGAUGAAGACGAAGAGGUUGCACCUAGAACCAAGCGAACACGGCGCCGCACCGUUGACGCUCCGGAGCAAGCAACACCGUCACAGUUAGAGACUACAGAACUUGAGGAAACCGUGGCCGAGCAGAGCGUCAUGGAGGCGGAGGAGAGCUCGGAGAUGGCCGUAGACGAGACACCGUCGCACAUAGACGACAAUCGUUUGACGCUCUUCAAGAGCAGUCUGCAGAAGGGUUUCCGCGAGAACCGAGUGCAAUCUCUCAGCGUGCCCAAAGUCCGCUCCAUCAUUAAUACCGCAAAUAGCGCCAAUCCGUUCACCGAUUCCGAGAUCAAGGCUGCCAUCGAUAGAAUGACUGACGAUAAUCAAAUCAUGGUUUCUGACGACAUCGUCUUCUUGAUCUGAACUUUCCAUUCUUGCUAUUUAUUGCUGCUGAUGCUGCUGCUACCAGUUACUAACUACUAUUUUUG